AUGGUCACAUCAAACCUCCGAAGCCGGGCGAGGAGUUGGCUCUAUGUCACUUUCAUCGACAAGGAUGGCCAAGACUACAAAUUUGCCGUCUCCGAGGGCGAUAACUUGCUUGAUAUUGCGCAAGCCAACGACUUAGAAAUGGAGGGCGCUUGUGGAGGGUCAUGCGCAUGCUCUACGUGCCACGUCAUUGUCACCGAUGACGGAUAUUACGAUAAGAUUCCCGAACCGGAAGAUGAUGAGAAUGACAUGCUGGACCUGGCUUUCGGCUUGACGGAAACCAGCCGCCUUGGCUGCCAAGUGGUGAUGAAGAAGGAAUUGAACGGCUUGGUUGUUCGCUUACCCUCCAUGACACGAAAUCUGCAGGCCAGCGACUUCCAAUAA